UAUUCUGCUUGCUUCCUAACCUGGAAACUUGUUUUGUUAAAAUGAAACGAGUGAAAGUGUCGAGCCCAUGCGUGGUCGGUAAGCUACUGGACUGGCAGCAGUCUUUACUGGGGACUCUGGUACUGGUAGUAGAAUUUGUACUGGCAGUCUAACAAGAGACGAAACGCCGCUGCCCGUGAGAGAGGACCAUGAGACGCACCGGAAACGGAGGAACCGCAGAACCCCUUGAAAAUAUCCGAACCGUUUAGAAUGCAAAGAAACGCAAGGAGUUCAUGCGAGUAACACAACAAGGACAUGAAAUAAUAAUAAUAAUAAUAAUAAUAAUAAUAAUAAUAAUACCAUGUGUUUUUGUUUUCGUUAUGUAUGUAUUUUGGUAUGUAUUUUUUAACUGUAAUGGACCCUUUCAUUGUAACGACUCGACGGGGGUCUGUCUGCGUGUCUGAGUGAUAUUUGUGGUUCGUUUUACUGAACUCCAGCAGGUGAACUGGUUAUGUACUGGGAAAAUAACACUAAUAAACACAGUUCAAAAAUACUGUUUAACAAAAACAGUCAAAUAAACGGGGCGAGACGUAAAUUAAAGUGAAAUAGCAAAUGUUUGUAUUUUCACAACUUGUCAAAAAAUACGUUAUCGCCAUUAACAUGCAAAUCUCAGAACUAUGGACACCUCGUUUAAAAGUUUUUUAUUGUAAUGGUUACAGCUUUACCCAUACUUAAAAAAGUAACACGUGAUUCUUUAUGUUUCCUAUUCCAACGAGCUUCUGUCUUAAAUAAACAAAUUAUUCCAGGGCGCGUUUAAAAUAUUCAUUUGGGGUAGUGAGGGGACUGACCGGGUAAGUGGGUGUCGCUGGCCCUUUAAAUGGCUCGCAAGCCCUAGGGCGCCCAAUGGAACACCCACGUCAGCGAAGAUUCUCUUUGUCCGACAAACGGGUUCCAGUCUUUAGGGCUGAACAGGAACUGAAGUGAAAAAUACCCUGUGCGCUCUACCAGGGAGGACAGCAAAAAAAUGGACAUGCUGACAGAUAUGCGAGGAAAAGGGUCGUCAGGCGAACACGGGCUACAGGGGCAGCAGCGUGUUCCCUGCAGCAGCUCCUCCCCCUCUGAGAUCUCCUCGUCCCACCAGAGCCGUCUCCUGCAGCAGCUGGACCAGCAGCGCCGGCAGGGCCUGUUCUGUGAUUGCAGCGUGCUGGUGGAGGGACGGCUGUUCCAGGCUCACCGCAACGUGCUGUUCGCCAGCAGCGGCUACUUCCGCAUGCUGCUGUCCAGCGGGGCCCAGGGUGGCGGAGCCCAGCCCGUCGGGGCGUCCUUCGAGGUCUUCUCCCCGGAGAUCUUCUCCGUCAUCCUGGACUUCGUGUACUCGGGCCGGCUGGAGCUGCGCAGCGACAACGUCAUCGAGGUCAUGAGCGCCGCCAGCUACCUGCAGAUGACCGACGUCAUCGGAUACUGCAAGGGCUUCAUCCGCUCCUCGCUGGACAUCAGCGCCAAGGACGAGAAGGAGGACGAGGAGCAGCAGCAGCAGCAGCGCUACCCAGCGCCGUCCUCCGGCCACACGGGGGCGCCGCACGCCUCCUUCUCCUGCGCCACCUCCUGGCGCGUUCAGAACGGCAGCGGCGCCCAGCAGGAUUACCGCCACCAGCAGCAGCAGCAAAAGGACCAGCCCCCGCCCCCCUCCAAGCACCCCCUGCCCCAGGAGGGGAUGGAGUUCAGGCCAGGGAAGCCCCGCUCCAGCAGGCAGCCCCUGCACACCUCUCUGGGGGGGCUUGAGGGCGACGCGGCGGUCCUCCAGUUCAGUCCUGGUUCGGAGGGAGGUGGGGGGGGCACGGCGGCGACGGGGCGGAAGAAGAAAGGCUGGACCCCCGCCCCACCCCCUGCUGCACUUUCACCUCCAGACCACAAGGGGGCCCCCCCUUCCUCCUCCUCCUCCUCCCCCUCCCCCUCUGCUACUUCCUCCUCCUCCUCCUCCAAGCCCAAGGCUGAUAAAGCAGAUGAGCUGUACGCUACCCUGCCGACCAUUGUGGGGGUGGUGGGGCUCUUCAACCAAGACGAGUGCCCGUCCAUGCGGUUCAAGUGCCCGUUCUGCACGCACACGGUGAAGAGGAAGGCAGAUCUGAAGAGGCACCUGCGCUGCCACACCGGGGAGAGACCCUACCCCUGCGAAGCCUGCGGGAAGAGAUUCACCCGACUGGAGCACCUGAGGAGCCACUUCCAGACUAUUCACCAGGCUCAGAAGCUCAUCUGCAGGAAGUGUAAGCGUCAUGUGACGGAGCUGAGUGGGAGGGUGGUGUGCGAGGGGACGCGUCGCUACCGGCUCUGCAACGACUGUCUGCUGGAGACAGGGUGUGACACCCCCGGCUCAGCCAAUCACAGCGCAGCGGAGCCCUGCUUCGAGGAUGACGAGGGCCUGUCCUGGCCAAUGACCGACGAGGACGAGCUGGCCGAGGACUCGGGGGCGGACCUAAUCAUCCAGGAAGUGGAGGACAGCGACGAGGAGAUGGACAGGAAGGAAGUGAAGCCUGUCAUCGGAUAGAGCGCCCCCUGUCUGCAGGGAGGAGCAACUGCUGAAAGACUGUUCUGUGAUUUUUUUAUUAUUUUAUUUAAUUUGAAUUCAAUUGUAUUUAUUUACUUAAUAUUUAGAGAGGAAACAAAAAGGGAAACCAGCUGGUACUAGACUCUGAACAGAAGAGAAGGGACUUUGUGUUUGGACGAUGGAAGAUCACAGCACAGCAAUGUACAGUAUAUAUAAAUCUAAUGAAAUGCAAUGGUCUGGUGCUGUCUGUUAUACAUCUCAGUGCAUUCAGCUCAUCCUUCUGCAAGACCCUUAUCAGCGUCCCACAGGAAAAGCACAACGAAGCGAUGAAGCACAGUGAAAGCAUGGUAAAGCACAAGCAAGCAUUGCACAGGUCAAAGUGGUCUGGUAAAGCAAUUAAAAACAUUAUAAACCACAGUGGAAAUGCAUAAGAAAGACAUUUACCAUGGUAAACUUUCAUAAGAGGAGAGACGGGACUGCAAUAAACAGAAUGCAUGGAGAGAUGUGUUUGAAAAACCCAACGGUCUCAAAGGAUGAGGCUUUGUUUGUAACUGUAGUUUUACACUCCUGUAUAUAGUGCUGUGCUACACUGAUAAACACUUCCUUCAUCUCUGCAGAGCCCGCUCUGAGCGCAUGCUUCUCUGAGUGGAGGGCGUGCUUCAUUACACGCUGCACUGUGAUGCAAACACACACACACACACACACACACACACACAAGCACACUGGUUAUAGUGCAGGGUCACACACACACACACACACACACACACACACUGGUUGUAGCGCAGGGUCACACACACACAAGCACACUGGUUAUAGUGCAGGGUUACACACACACACACUGGUUAUAGUGCAGGGUCACACACACACACACACACACAAGCACACUGGUUAUUGUGCAGGGUUACACACACACACUGGUUAUAGUAUUAUUAUUAUUAUUUAUUUCUUAGCAGACGCCCUUAUCCAGGGCGACUUACAAUUGUUACAAGAUACCACAUUAUACAUUAUUUCACAUUAUACAGAUAUCACAUUAUUUUUACAUACAAUUACCCAUUUAUACAGUUGGUUUUUUAACUGGAGCAAUCUAGGUAAAGUACCUUGCUCAAGGGUACAACAGCAGUGUCCCAGACCGGGGAUUGAACCCACAACCCUCCGCUCAAGAGUCCAGAGCCCUAACCACUACUCCACACUGCUGCCCCGUGCAGGGUCACACACACACACACACACUGGUUAUAGUGCAGGGUCACACACACACACACACACACACACACACACACACACUGGUUAUAGUGCAGGGUCACACACACACACACACACACACACUGGUUAUAGUGCAGGGUCACACACACACACAAGCACACUGGUUAUUGUGCAGGGUUACACACACACACACACACACUGGUUGUAGCGCAGGGUCACACACACACACACACACUGGUUGUAGCGCAGGGUCACACACACACACACACACUGGUUAUAGUGCAGGGUUACACACACACACAAGCACAGUGGUUGUAGCGCAGGGUCACACACACACACUAGCCCCGGGUUUGAGCUCAGAAGUCCCCUCCUGCCUUGUUAAGGUAUAGGAUUGAAAUGAUCCGAUCACACUUCAGGUCCUGAGUAAGUCUCAGCUGUGGGUCUGUGUUCUUACUAUCGGGGGAGUUAUUCAUGCAGCUGCAAGGGAUUUCCAAUGUAUUAACCUGUCGUUUAAAUAGCGUGUACAUUCGAGGGUCAAAGGCACUUAUCUACAAUCAUAAUAAAACCAUUCACAACAA